CCCAAUUUCUUAUCUCCUCAACAUUGAAGAGCUACACAAACAAUCGAACGAUGACGACGUAAUUUUUGCAUCAAAUGGUGCAUACAAAAGCAACUACGUAGUAUUAUCAGUCUUGAGGACAUAAGCUUUAUUUGCCUAAUGGACUACUACGGUGUUGCUUUACUAGUAACCACCACAGCUUUUGCUGUCAUUUACUUUCUAGAUUCCUUUGAGCCCACCCUACUGUUACAGUUGGCUGUUAAAUCUUUAAUGGUCCUUGGUGUUGCUACAUUCAUUAUUCAAAAUGGAGCAUCAUUAUUGAGAAAAUGGAAGAGAAAAAGAGAAAAAUUACAGGACACCAUUGUUGAUCCAAGCAAACAUCAAAGUGAAGAACAAUAUUUCAAAGAGAAAAUUCAACAUGACCACCAUAAAAAGGCUGAAGGUUACAAGUCUAGAAUUCUGAUUCCAAGGGAAGAAAGAAAGAAGAAGCAAAAAGAGGAUGAAUUUCAGCGGUUCAUGGGCCCCGCUUGGGAAGGGGAGGGACAAGAGUUAGGGGGCUCUAAGCAGGAGGAGGAUGAGGAGGAAUCUCCUACUGAGGCUGCCAGACAUCGAGUCUUACCAGAAAACAUCAACCUAGCAGCAGCCGAAAGAGCCAGGGUGCAGGCCGAAAAACGGAACAGAAGGAAAAAGAUUAUUGAGCUACCAGAAGAGCCUGAUGAAAACAGCCCUGACUGUGUGUCUGUCUGUCUGAGGACUCCACUAGGUGCAAAGCAGCGGAGGUUUAAUAAAGAAAAUACAAUUCAGCAUGUCUUGGAUUAUAUGACCUCCCUUGGAUUCAGUCAGAAGCAUUACACUAUAUCUACCUCCUUUCCAAGAGAAUGUCUACAUGCACAAAGGGAGAAGACCCUGGCAGACAUGAAAUUUAUCAAGAAAGUCUUAUUGAAUGUUGAAGAAUUAGAAUAGUGCUUUUUGAAAUCUUGGUAAUAGUCUAUAUAUUCUUUUUCUAAUUUUUCAUAAUUUAUGAAUUUAAUUAUUGGCAUUACAUGCAGCAUUGUUGAUUGUUUAUAUGUUAUGUUUUAUUAGAUAUUUCGUGAUAAUUUAUAUUUUAUAUGUUUCUAUAGAUUUCAUAGCAUUCAACUCAUUUUUAAAAGGAAAUAAAAUAUUUUUUAUUUAUAUCUUUACUGGUGAAAAGUGAGUUUUGAUUUCUGAUGAAGAGAUCAUUUUAACUUUUUUCUCUCUCUCUAUUGAUUUUUAAAUUAAUACAUAUAUUUUUAAUAGAUACUGAUGUAAAUUUAAUUAUUGUAAUAAACAACCUCACAGCUAGUCUGAUAAAGAAAUUUUUACUGAUGACCUGCUUUUAUACAUAUUCAUGUUUUAUCUGUUCAAAGUUUACCAUUCAUUUCUAAUGCUGGUACAUGUAUAAUUAUAUCUGUAUCUUAUGCAUUUUUAAUAAUGACGGUUUUAUUUUUGUAAAACAUACCUCUAAAUGAAGUUGAAAUGAAGUUUGUCAUACAUCUCAAAGGUGAAACUAUUUCUGUAUUUUAAGUAUCUUGAUAAUGGUGAUUUUAUUUUUGUAAAACAUACCUCCAUGUUUGUUGAGAAAAUUCUAAGAAAUUUUGUAGAACCUGACUUUCUGAUGAAACUUUAACACUAAUGGUUUACACUUGUUUAUUGUCUUGACUUAUGUCUUGUUUUUUCAAACAAGAAAAACUUUGAAGAAUAUUAAAUUAAAAGGAUAAUAAACUGAAAUUCAAAAUACAA